AUGAGCGAAGAAACGUCUGGAGAAUGUCUGCAGAUCGCAGAUGCGAUCAAAGCACAGGGUAUCGAUGAUAUCACUGAGGACAUCUACAUUCGAUCAGUGUUCACAUUCCUCUACGGAUUCCUAUUUAUAUUAGGAAUUCUGGGAAACGGUGGAGUGUUAUGGGCAGUUGCUCGCAAUAAACGCCUUCAGUCUGCUAGGAAUGUGUUUUUACUCAAUCUGAUAUUCACCGACUUGAUACUUGUAUUCACCGCAAUUCCCGUCACCCCAUGGUACGCAAUGACAAAGGACUGGCAUUUCGGUCCCGUAAUGUGCCAUUUAGUUCCAUUAUCAAAUUCUUGUUCUGUAUUUGUGACAAGUUGGAGUCUCACGGCGAUCUCACUAGACAAAUUCUUACAUAUCAAUGAUCCGACAAAAUCUCCAGUUUCCAUCCGCCAAGCAUUGGGAAUCACAUUCCUUAUUUGGUUGGUAUCGACACUCAUCAAUAUUCCAUAUUUGAUGUCGUUCGAACAUGUCGAUGGAUCGUUCUAUGUUCCGAAAGGAUCAACGCCAUACUGUGGGCAUUUCUGCGAUGAAGCGAAUUGGCAAAGUGAGCACUCGCGCAAACUUUAUGGAACUACCGUAAUGCUGCUGCAGUUCGUCGUACCGAUGGCGAUCAUCACGUUCUGCUAUUUUAAGAUUCUUGAGAAAGUCAGUCGCGAUAUGAUCAUACAAAAUGCGCAAUUUUCUCAAUCGCUAACACAGAAACAGAGGACAGAAGCGACAUCGAGAAAGAAAAAGGUGAAUUACACUCUUAUUGGAAUGGUCGUCACUUUCAUCGGAUGCUGGCUGCCGCUAACGCUCGUCAAUCUUGUCAAGGAUUUUAAGCAAGAGCCUCAAUUCAUGAAGAAUCAACCAUUCUUCUGGUCAUUAGUCGCACAUGUCAUCGCAAUGUCGCUCGUCGUUUGGAAUCCUCUCUUAUUCUUCUGGCUAACGCGCAAACAGAAACGAUCGGGACUCAGCAAGAUUCUCAACUCGACAGAGGCAGUAGCUUCGUUUGCAAGUCGACUCAGCAGUUCGAUGCGGCGUUCCACACUUCGUCGAAAGAAUAUCGAAAGAGUUCGAAAAAAGGAGGUAGUGUUGGAUUCCGAGGGCUCCAGCUACAUGACUUGCUCACGUCCCCUAUUGAUUCGCACCGAGCUCCAGCCAACUCUUUCUGAUGGCUCCACAUCCUACCGGGAAAUGUUAUGA